AUGGUGUCCUGGGGGGCCCUGCAGCUGCGGAGGGGGUGCAGCCCAGCCCCUGGCUGGCUCUGGCCACAUCCUGUGUGGGGAGCCCCUGGAGGUUGUGUGUGUCUUCCGUGCCCCAGGGAUUCUCACUUCCCGGGUCCCCUGAGAGCCCGGGCCCCCAGAGCUGCACCAAGAGGCUACUCUUGUGUGCACAUGGCUGUCGAAUGGUGCUUCUCGGCUGAAGACCCCUCUCUUACCAAGACUGGAGACCCUCGUAACUGUGGGCCUGGCACUGAGCCGCUGACCACCCUUUUAGCUCUCCAGCACACUUUCUUCACUAUGCUAACUUUAGUUUUUUUAGUGACCUCUGACCCCACUGAGACCUCAGACCUUCAGUCUAGUCCUGUCCAGCCCUGGCUUGCUGCCUCCCUUCCCCCGAGCCUGGUCUUCUGGUCACAGCUUUGCAUGCUCUGUCAGUCCUUUGGCCCCACCUUUUCACUUAUUCAUGAGUUUUUCUAG